ACAAUUCCCUGCCACCUUCUUCUGUUCACAAAUCCCUUUCAUUUCUAUUUCUAUUUCUCUCUCGUCGCUUCUGUUUUCUCUUUCCUCUCUGUGCCCAGAUCCUCUUUCACAAAAAGAGGGUUUGUGCUGCCAUCUCUAGGGUUUCCACCUUCCUCGGAGCUUCGAAUUCUUCUCGCUGUUGAACAAUUCGAAGCUUCGAUAACACCAAUCCUUUUCCCAAUUGGUAUUUCUCUUUAAUCUUUGACACCAUAGGGUUUCGGUGUCUUAAAGAGAACAAUGACGCAGAAAAUUCAGCUCAAGAAGGAUUCGAAAGAGUUGGAGUUUUUCACUGAGUAUGGGGAAGCCAACAGAUACAAGAUUCUUGAGAUUAUUGGAAAGGGUAGCUAUGGAGUUGUUUGUGCAGCGAUUGACACGCACACUGGGGAAAAGGUUGCAAUAAAGAAGAUUCAGGAUGCCUUUGAGCAUAUUUCUGAUGCUAUUAGAAUCCUCCGUGAAGUCAAGUUGCUGAGGCUUUUAAGACACCCUGAUAUUGUAGAUAUUAAGAGGAUCAUGUUGCCACCAUCAAAGAGAGAGUUUAGAGAUAUUUAUGUGGUGUUUGAGCUUAUGGAGUCUGAUCUCCAUCAAGUCAUCAAAGCUAAUGAUGACCUGACCCGUGAACACCAUCAGUUUUUUCUUUAUCAGAUGCUACGUGCAUUGAAGUAUAUGCAUUCGGCUAAUGUGUACCACAGGGAUCUUAAGCCAAAGAAUAUAUUGGCAAACGCCAAUUGUAAGCUCAAAAUCUGUGAUUUUGGACUUGCAAGAGUUGCAUUUAAUGAUGCUCCAACAUCAAUAUUUUGGACGGACUAUGUUGCUACAAGAUGGUAUAGAGCCCCAGAGCUGUGUGGAUCAUUUUCUUCCAAGUACACACCAGCAAUUGAUAUAUGGAGCAUUGGAUGCAUUUUUGCUGAGGUGCUGUUGGGAAAGCCACUGUUUCCUGGUAAAAGUGUUGUGCAUCAGUUAGAUUUGAUUACUGACCUUCUUGGGACACCAUUGCCUGAAACUAUUACAGGAGUUAGAAAUGAUAAUGCAAGGAAGUACUUGUCGGGAAUGCGGAAGAAACCUCCUGUGCCAUUUGAACACAAAUUCUCAAAUGCUGAUCCAUUGGCACUUCGCCUUUUGCAGAAGCUUCUAGCCUUUGAUCCAAAGGAUCGACCAACUGCCGAACAGGCACUAGCUGAUCCUUACUUCAAGGGCUUGGCAAGAGUUGAAAGAGAACCUUCUUGUAAGCCAAUCUCAAAAUUGGAAUUUGAGUUUGAGAGGAGGCGUAUAACAAAGGACGAUGUUAGGGAACUAGUAUAUCGGGAAAUACUGGAAUAUCAUCCUCAACUGCUCAAUGAUUACAUGAAUGGAACUGAAAGUGCCAAUUUUCUCUAUCCUAGUGCAAUAGAUCAAUUAAGAAAACAAUUUGCUUAUCUUGAGGAAAAUGAUGGUAAAAGUGGACCUGUGCCUGCUCCUGAAAGAAAGCAUGUCUCUGUUCCAAGGUCCACUGUUCACCCUAAUUCGAUUCUUCCCAGUAAGCAAAUGGCAGAAGAGACAUCUAAUAAGAGUUUGAGAGGAGUUGGAGAAAAUUUUGGAAAUCAGAUAAGGAGUGUACAGCCCCCACCACGGGUGCCAGCUAAGCCAGGGAGAGUGGUAGGCCCAGUUCUACACUAUGAAUAUGAGAGAAUUACAAAAUCUUCUAACGACCCAAGGAUGGUUUACCCAAAUACUACUCAAUCAGUCUCGACUAACAAUGUCCGUAGUACCCAUCCCCCGAACCCAAAUACUACAUCGAACACACACCAGGACUUUUCACAAGACAAGAAUGAUUUCCGAUCCCAGCAGUACAACUUACAAGCUACAUCAACCACUGAUUUGAACAAUUACCCAUACCGCCGGCGAGGCAGUAACAAUAACCUAAAUGAUCAUGUAACAACUAUGGAUGCAAAACUGCUGCAGACACAAUCUCAUAUUGGCGUAGUUGGUGCUGCAGCAGUAGCCGUUGCCUCUCACAAUCACAGGUAUUCAAGGGGUGGUAUUCAGUACAGUUUGUCUUAGGCUUGGAAGUCAUAGCCCAGAAUUGGUGAGAAUGAGGCUUAUUAACUUUAGUUGGGAUUAGGUUUUCAUUUUUUAAUUUCAGAUUGCCAUCCUUGUAAUUAUAUGUACAAUAUUCAAUUGAUUAAUGAAGAAAAUUGAUUGCGUUUCUCCA